AUGGCCUCUCCUCAGCAGAUCCGCACUCCCGCCACCGAGCUCUUCGGUAUCAAGCACCCCGUGCUCCUUGCCGGCAUGAACGUCGCUGCCGGUCCCCGUCUCGCCGCCGCCGUCACCAACGCCGGAGGUCUCGGUGUCAUCGGUGGUGUCGGCUACACCCCCAACAUGCUUCGCGAGCAGAUUGCCGAGCUCAAGGAGCACCUCAACGACAAGAACGCCCCCUUCGGUGUCGAUCUCCUUCUCCCCCAGGUCGGUGGCAAUGCCCGCAAGACCAACCGUGACUACACGAACGGCAAGCUCGACGAGCUCGUUGACAUCAUCAUCGAGUCCGGCGCCAAGCUCUUCGUCUCCGCCGUCGGCGUUCCCCCCCGCUCCGUCGUCGACCGUCUCCACAAGGCCGGUGUCGUCUACAUGAACAUGAUCGGCCACCCCAAGCACGUCAAGAAGUGCCUCGAGCUCGGCGUCGACAUCAUCUGCGCCCAGGGCGGCGAGGGCGGCGGCCACACCGGUGACAUCCCCACCACCGUGCUCAUCCCCGCCGUCGUCGAACUCGUCAAGGGCAAGACCUCCCCCCUCACCGGCAAGCCCGUCCAGGUCAUCGCCGCCGGCGGUAUCCACAACGGCCAGCUCCUCGCCGCCUCCCUCAUGAUGGGCGCCUCCGCCGUCUGGGUCGGCACCCGCUUCAUCCUCACCGAUGAGGCCGGCGCCCCCAAGGCCCACAAGGAGGCCGUCCGCACCGCCGGCUUCGACGACAACAUCCGCACCAUCAUCUUCACCGGUCGCCCCAUGCGCGUCCGCAACAACGCCUACAUCAACGAGUGGGAGACCGAGCGCCAGAACGAGAUCCGCGAGCUCACCUCCAAGGGUAUCGUCCCCUUCGAGCACGACAUCGAUAGGCUUUCCUCGGGCAAGGCCGCCAUCCCCAAGAGCAUCACCGAGAUCCUCAACAAGUCCGGCGAGGACUCCGAGAUCGAUGACGUCAUCGACGAGUUCAGGCCCUACCUCAUGGGCAAGGCCGCUGCUGUUGUGAACGAGAACAAGUCUGCCAAGGCUGUCGUUGAUGAGUUCGUCAACGAUGCUGCUGCCUGGAUCAGGAGCGGCAACAAGAUGCUUGCCAAGCUGUAA